AGAGCUGGCCGGGCCCUCAGACGUACUCCAGUGGCCGAGCGGGAGGGUUGCGUCUUGCCCGAUACUCACCCACUGGCUGCCUCACGCCCUCGCCGCUCUUACCUCUCGCCCGCCGCCCUACCGCAGUGUCGAGCUGCCUCACAACCUCUCCUGCAGGAAUCUUGUCCCCGCCGUCGAGUGUGUGCUUUUCUGCCAUUCGGGAAUAACCGUGCAUGGUGAGUGUCCUUCGGUGUCCUCGGCGGCGCUUCGAGGCAGGAAGUGGACUUACACCUUUUAGCCGGCAGUUCCAGGUACACCUCGCCGCGGCAGAUGUAAACAGAGGGCUCGUGUGUGCUGGCGCAGCAGCAGCCUGGGAAGUGGCCCUCGGCAUGGUAGCGGGGCGGCAUCUCGCCACCACUAUGCUUCCCGAUGGUCGCUCUCUGUGCUAAGGACGUCUCACUCGCACUGGCCGGUGAGUCAAGAGGCAACGCGAGGGGGGACAAAUACAGUCGGGAGCGCCAGACCCCUUCACGCCCACGCUUCUGGUCACUGGCAGCAGCAGUGAAGGUGGGCGGGCCGGGACCGCGGGUGACCCGUCGGCAAUGUGAAGAUGAAGGCCGCCCCCGCCCCGGCAGGGGACCCGCUCCCCUCACGCACGCCGGCUCCGUCAGCGCUACCGGGGGCCGCCCCUGGGGGAGGCGCGCCGCCCUCCAACACCGCCAGCACCGAUACUACCUCCACCAGCGGUAGUGGGAGCGAAGGCGGUGGGCGGUGGGCGGCGGCGAUUCUCCUCCUGACGCAUGUUGUAGAGCUGGCGGCCAUGGGCGCUGCCAUCCUCACCCGCAGCGUCCCCGAGACUCAGCUCGAGGCAGAGCCCUGGAGCGCGCCCUUCCUCCCCCUGCAGGUGACGGUGGCGGCCGCCCCGCUCGCCGUCAUCACGGCCAUCUCCCUCGUGUGGGCGGUGCGGGCGCAGGACUUCUCCGGCAGGGCCACGGCGCGGAUGCUGUGCUGGCUCCUGCACGUUCUGCAGGCGUCCAUCCUGUGGCGCUUUCUGAAGGUACACCUGGCGUUCGACCCGAGCGACGUGGCCGAGCUGGGGACCCUGCGCUUCGUGCAGGUGCACGUGCACACGCUGCCCUUCUUGGUGGUGCACGUGGCCAUCAUCCUGGGCGGCACGACGGCCCCGGGCGUGGCCAGCGUCCUGGUGGCGGCGGCCAUGGUGGUGUCCGUCGUGGUCGCCAUCGUCGUGUCCACCACCGCCUCCCACAGCUCGCGCCCUUCGUCCCUCACCCCGCCCACCAUAACGCAGGUCGCCCACAACCCCAUCCACGGCCAGGGCCCAGAGCACAACCAUGACGCCGCCGCUCGCGUCGUGAUCCUCUUCUGCCUGCACGUGAGCUGGGCCAGCGUUUUGGUCCUCGUGCACUGGCUGGGCGCCCUCGUGUGGCUCGGCCUGCAGGAGGAGCUCGAGCCGACGACGCUCGGGCCCUUCCGCAAGAUCCUGCGCCGCGCCUUCCUGGCUUACCUCCUGCUGUGGGAUUUCCACGUGUUCCGCGACGACGCCUCCGCCAUGACGGUGUGCGCCCGCCCGCGCCUCCCCGCCGCCUACUACACCAUCACGGCCAUCCAGAACGUGGCGGUGACAGCCACGUGGUACAGCGCGGGGAAAGCCACCCUGCCUGUCAUCCGCACCGCCGCCAUCUCGUCCGUGCUGGCCGCCCAGGCCGUGGCAUUACUGCUCUUGGCGCUCUCCUACCUCUACUGCUCCUCGCUUCUGCCGUCGUGGCCUCGCAAUAAGGCCUCCGCCCUCGCCAGGACGGCCUCACUAGUCACCCCCUGCGCCAAGGUCGCCCCUCCAGCCACCCCGCCUGCGGACACCCCGGAGCACCACGACAACGGCUCCUACGUGGACUUCAAGGACGUAGAAGACGGCGUCGUGCCAGAAGUGAGCAAGGCCAAGGCGGAUCCAGAGGACCUGAGGGAGGUGGUUCUGACGCCCAUGAAGAGCCUUAUGUUCAGCUUCUCCCACGACAUUCUCCCCCCUCGCCUGGCCAAGUCCGAGAGGUCGUCCACAGACAACGGGUCCUUCAACUCCCGCAACACAAACACGCUCCCGCCGCAGCUGCCCCCGGAGUACGACCUGCUGCACAGGGCUCACGGUUCCUUCUCAGACAGCUUCAGUUCGCUGUCGUGCGGCACCAUCAACCGCGCCACCACCAGCGCCAGGGCCAUGGCCACCCAGGACCCCCGCUCGUCGCGCACUCCGCCCCCGACGGCGAAGGUCUCCUUCGCCUCACACACGUCCUGCAGGAACGGCUUCUGCCACUGCAAACUGUUCGACGGGAUCGAAGGGCCGUGCGACGUGCGAGGUCGAGCAGCGGCGGGAAGCUCAGCCUGACCCGGGCCGAGUAGACGAGGAUGUCGAGUGCGACGUUGCGAGGCAGUGCCACGAGUACAAGACCAAGAUCCAGGCGUCCGGCGUGUCGCACAUCUUCAAGGCGCCGCCCGAGGCUACCUGCGAGUCGGCGCCCCGCGUGGCCCUCGUGCGCGGUGUCCAGAGGUUCCGCGUGGUGUGCGCCGCCUGCCUUCACGCCCACGACCCGCUCCUCACCAGUUGCCUCGCCCACGCCUCCCCCCCAGAACCACCGGUGCUCUCAGGAUACCAAACGACGCCUUUGGCGCGGAGUCACGUGGCGCGAGGCUCCCUGAGCCGCUCCUGCGAGGGCUUGGGCGGAGGCUCGAGCACCGACUACCCGUCGGACACGGAGGUCACGGCCACGGCGGACACUCUGAGCUCGGCGUCCGCAGACUCCCACUCCACCUACACCACCUGGCCAGUGGGUCGCGGGCCCGGCAUGGCGCGGCUCCUACAGCUGCACCCCGGAUCACACGACUAUGUGACCGCGUGGCUCCGGCACCAGCAAGCCCGGGGACCGCGCGCCCCCCCACCCCCGCCGCCUCAGGGACCCCAUGAGUCAUCUCACUCUACCACCCCCGACCCCCCCACCCGUCGCCAGCGCCGCCUGCGCCGCCACCUGCCUCGCCCCCCGCGCCACAAGGACCCUCCGCCGCCGCACCUCCUGCAGGACCUGGAGACGGUAGUCUGAGGCUCGCCGCUCUCUCCGGGAGGCCCUCGGAGUGGAGCCCUUGGAGUCGCCGCGAGUGAGUGUUCCAAAUGACUG